AUGUCCAAUUAUACUCUGAAACGCGUUUGUGCGUCGUACGACAAAUCUCAUGCAUCUACUGCACCCAUCGUCGAGCACAGUGGACACAGUGUCGCUCCCGACGUUAUCCGUUGGGAAAUUCCUCGCGAGUGGCGGCGCGGUGGCGGCCUACAGCCCGCGUUGGAACACAGGCCCUUUGUUGUUGCGCUCGACGGCCAAUUAGACGUGGGGAGAGCACGGGUAAUUGGGCCGGGACCGGUUCCCAGCUGGGCGCGAGUUUUUACCCGCGACGCGUCUCGGAUUCAUAGCGUCGCUGCGCGCGGCGUCGCUCGACCUUCCGAGCGACUGAGCUCGGAAUUC